AUGUAUGACAACAUCUCUGAUUUCACAAGAUAUGACGACGACCAUGACCCCGAACACGGUGAAGAAGAAGUUUUACAAACAUCCAUUAAGACAGGAAAGGUUUUAACUCAAAGUCUCAUUAUUGACACCAAAGAUGGCGAAGUGGACGUUCUUCAAGAGCUGAAGAAAAAUACUUCUUCGGGAGGUGGUGGUAGGCAUGAACUUGAAAUAAAUGAGAUAGAAGAGAAAUUAGCCGAAAAAGCAGAUAAAGAACAUAAACACAAUAUCUCCGAUAUAAAUGAACUUCAAGCUACAUUAAAUAGUAAAGCGGACAAGAACCAUGUUCAUUAUAUAACUUCAGACGAACAGAUUAUAACGGACUACCAUGGAUAUUUAACACGAAGUGAUGAAGCGAAGACAAAAAAUGUUAAUGAAAGAAGAUAUAAAUACAUUCGUGCUAAAGGUUAUGACAUAAGCUGUACUGUACAGUAUGAUGUAGCUAAAGCACCAGAAGCAUUUGGUUAUACCGGUGAAAUUUAUGCCUCUACUUUCAAUGUUAACGGUGUAUUAGUUGAACCAAGAUUUACUUUGAGAGUUAAGUCAAAAAUAACGUUUGAAGAUGCUAUUAAAAGUAAAGCUGACAAAGUUGAACUCGAAGCAAUGAACAAAGUUUUGA